AUGAUCCCCACCAUGAUCUACUCGAGGACAGUCAUCGUCCCGCGCAGCCAUGCAUUGUCGCCUGGGGCCAUUGCUGGCGCCGUCAUCGGCAGCGUGCUAGGAGGGGGAUUCUUACUCAUAGUCCUUGGGUUUUUAUACUUCCGUUAUAGGCGGAAGUCCAAGAUAGCCCAGGCAGAAGAGGCACUGCACCAUCCUGAUGUGGGCCUCAAAGAGGACGGACGUGACGGCAAUGUUUCAGCCCUGCCUACAGACCAAUUUACGCAGACACAGCGCUCUCCAACAUCACCUUAUGGGGAAGACUGGAUGGGGAACAGCCCGGCCUAUGGCCAAGCUAUUGACUACGACACCCUGCCUCAUGACAUAGACUUUUCACUCCCUCGCCAACAAACCUUUCCUGUAACGGCAGAGCAGUCAUUAAGCACGCCUCUAAACCAUGCAUCGACGGCGCCCGAAGCCGCCAAUUCUAGCUAUUAUGACACGAGAAUUUCCAUGGACUCAGACCCAGCUCAGGCCAUUACGCCUCUUUCGAGGCAAAUGAGCGAGAUGUAUAAGGCACAGCUACGAGAGGCCGAGGAACGCCGGAGAAGCAACUCGAUGCAUCGCAAAAUAUGGAAUACCAUCACACGGCAGUCCACACGCAACUCGAAAGGAACAUCCGGCGACAACGCGCAGUCUGUCAACUUGCAGCAGCAACCGGGAACAGCAUCCAUGGACAACUCUAUUUCGAUCAAGCAAGAACCAGGUCAACAACCAUCUGGUGGCAUUAACUGGCAAGGCAUUGCGCCAGUAUAUGUUGAUGAGCCAGAACAAAUUUCGGAGGGCGCACCAAACUCGUAUUUCCAGGCCUCAGGGACUGGACUGGACGGUGAGCAACCCCCGCAAUCGCAAGAGGGAAGAUAUGAGCGCCAGACGCAAGAUUCGCAAUACAGCGUUUUCCCCGGUCGUAUUGACUCAACAAUUCGGGAAACUACAGAAAGAAAUUAUGAGCUUCCAUCAUCUGUUCUAACCACCGGCUCCACUUAUAAUGGGUUACCUCCAGGGUCUCAGCCACAAAACCCAACUGAACAACGGGAACGCCUUAAGAGCCCUGAGAUCCCAGAGCCCAUGAACGUUGACGGCCCUCAGCCUGAUACUAAUGGUCAUUCCCCAUUCCGGCCGUCACAUUCUCCUCAACUAUCCGCCCCAGAUUCCUUUACCAUAAAUCCCAUGGCUAUCUUGCAUCCAACAAACCCUACCGAGCAAGCAGCUUAUACUACCUACCAAAUAAAACACUCGGCCUCGCCGCCAGCUAUGCCGCCGCCAGCCCCUGAGAUUGUCACCAGGAAGCCCACACAAGAGGUUACUGUCGGCCCUUCGUCACCCAAGGAGGAAGACUUCGCCGAUAUGUACCUCGACCUUCCCAGUGAUGAUGAAAACCGUCGGUCCAUCGACUCGUACGAGUAUCCUUCAACGCCUGGGCACAGCUCUGUAGCUGAGUCAAAUGGAAUGACACCUGAUACUCGGCCGACGGCUUCUCCAUCACCCUUUCCUACUAUACCUGAACAUGGCAAACUCAGGCCCGAUGCCAGCAUAUCGCCCAACCCUUCAAGGCCUUCACCUAUGACCAGCCCGCUAGCAUGUCCAGAGUGUGGCCGAGAGUUUGACCAAAUCCACAAACUCAACCAUCAUAAGCGCUAUCAUGAUCGUACGCAUGAAUGCCCGUAUGAGGCCUGCGAUAGGAAGUUUGGCACGAAAACACAUCUUGAUCGCCAUAUCAAUGAUAGGCAUUUAAAGUUAAAGGCUUAUCAUUGUACGGAGCCUACCUGUCCAUGGUUUAAGGGCGGCAAAUCUUUCCCUCGGAAGGAUAACUGGAGGCGGCAUAUGAUCAAGAAACAUGGAUCAAUACCUCAAGAUGUCGAUAAUAUGGAGAUGUCGUUUGGAUGA